UGUGAAUAGCAGCAAGCAUCCCUACUCCUUAUCCACUACACGGACCCUUCACUUUCUCUCCUCCCCCUCCCCUACUCUUUUCUCUAUCCUCCACCCAAACACUCUUCUAUGGCCUCUACUUCACCCUUCGCCCCCGCAUUGCCCCCAAAUUACCAUCUUACUACUCAUCCUACACCUGCUGCAUCCCGCCCUCUACUAACCCCCCAGAAACAGAUACUGCCGCACAAUUCUUACCACGGUGUUAAUGCACGAAAUUACCACUCUGUGCCUCGUCGGAGAAUGACGACGAGGUGCCAAGCGAUGGAGGUGUCGGUGGCAGACGGGUCGUCAUCGGCGUCUGGCGGCGGCGGCGAGGAGAACUGGGUGCCGGUAGUGCCGCUGGCCGCGCUGCCAAGGGGGGAGCGGCGCGUCAUAAUUCAAGAUGGGGAAGCCAUACUCUUGCUGUGGUAUAAAGAUCAGGUCUUUGCUAUUGAGAAUCGCUCCCCUGCUGAAGGGGCUUAUAGCGAAGGCCUUCUCAACGCCAAGCUCACCCAGGAUGGGUGUAUAGUUUGCCCAUCAACUGAUAGCACAUUUGAUCUGCGCAACGGAUCCAUUAAGGAGUGGUAUCCCAAAAACCCAGUGCUCCGAGUCCUCACACCCGCUUUGAGGACGCUUUACGUCUACCCUGUCAAAACUGAUGAUCAAAACAUUUACAUCAGCCUCGGUACUGCUUCACUCCAAUCUGAUGCAGCUGCAGAAAUUGUCUUCAGUGGCAAGGCUCAACCGGGUUUUACAGCUACUGAUGUCAAUGUGGAUGAGGUGAAAAUGGUGGUUGAUGAGGGUCUAGAUGUGGCGUUCGGUUUCACGAAGAGGAACGAAAUCAUAAAUGGGAAGGCAGCUGUGAUUGGGUUCCUAUUGUUGUUAGAUUUUGAACUCUUGACUGGUAAAGGUCUUCUCAAGGGAACUGGCUUCUUGGACUUUAUUUACUCUGUUUCAAAUGCUUUGCAGUAGACAUUGGAAAUGUUUCUCCGAAAUGAACCAAAAGUUAUAUGCAAUACUCAACCCAAGCAAGCAAAAGUGGGUGUUUUUAUGAGUCAUAAUAUAUAAUUAAUUUGAUGUUAAAGCUCCUUUCAUUUGUAAUUUUGGAUAUCUAUAUAAGCGUAUGUGUUUGUAAAUCUUCUGAGAAGUAGACCAUUUUAGAUCAUUCUUUAGGUUUUGCACUUUCUCUGUCUAAACCACCUGUAAUAUAUAAUCGAAUUUUCAUGCAAA